AUGGCUGCCGUCGCCUCCUCCAGCAGGCUCGCUGUGCCACGCCCGACCCGGUCGCGCAAGCCCGACGUGUUCAAGCCGCGCUUCCCGCUCGAUCCGUUCGCAGGCGUCUCCGCCACCGCACUCGGCGAGCCGUGGUUCCUCAAGAUAGACACCCUCCUCGCAGCAACAGCCCAUCAACGUCGGAAUGUCAUCUUUGUUCUCGGAGGGUCUAAUGUGUCGUCAGCCCCUACUCUGAAAGAGCUCGCGCCGCUAUUCCAGUCGCAACACCUCUCAAACUCUCUGGUCAUCCUCGCUACCCACAAUCCACCUGAUAUUCCGCACAUCGUCCUCCCCACUGUGCGCAUACUACAUCUGUCUGGACCAUUGGCCCUGGAAGAUGCUGGUGCUGUCCGGUUCGUCAACGUUCUGGAAUGGGCCGAGAGGAUUGCCAGAACAUGGCGGAAACACGGCGGUUCGGGCGUCCUCGAGUUGUCCGAGGAGCUCGAUAUUCACGGCGAGCUUGCACCACCGAACGUUUUGCGCUUCAGCGGCUCGCAGAGUACUCCCAACUCGCCAGGGAGUUCGUCAACACAUCUUUCCUCGGAGUCCCUCAUACCUUCUCGGCCAACCUCCCUGUUCCGCCCCUCGUCAUCCUCAUCUGGCAGGUUCACUCGCAGCCGCAAGUCGUCACAGACGUUGCCGCGGCCAGACCCAUCCCAACGACCCUUCGACGUUUUGAUCAAUUUUCUUCCUGCCGACGUCUCGGACAAAGCAUUGCUGAAGAACUCCAUUCUUGUCACCACGAUUUCGCGACCGUUCUUGGUGUCUAACGGACCUGCACCUCCGGCCCUACGCUCACGGACGACAUCGUCAUCCUCCACCUCACGCUUCCAAAGACCGCAGUCGAUAUUCGGUGCAUUCACCCGCAGCUCAUCGUCCGUCUACCUCCCCCCAACGCCGCCUUACCAGAGCGGCGAGUCGCUCAACCUGACAAGCGCGGCGCCUCCGCCGCCAGCAAAAGCGCUCUUGCUGCACCUUCUACCCCCUGCACCUCCCAAUGCUCAACCCGGUCCUAGGAGAAAGCUUGUACAGAGCAUGGAGUCGUUCCUGGUUUCGUUCGCGUUGCAAACAAUCACACCUGGGGCGACGGGAGGAGAGAUGCUCGAACGUGGGCGACCGUACGUGAUGCAAGCGUCAACAUUCUGCGAGACGGUCGGCUGCGAACCGGGCAUCGUGGACUGGGGCGACUGGACAGUCGCCGACAUCGUCCUCAGCGGUGCCCUGGACGCGGAUACCGUACCCGGCUCAACGGGGACUUCUCCCGCUGCGGGGUCCGCAUCGAACACGGGGGCAGGCAAGGCCCGUGCUAUGCCCACAUCAAAGACCUCGAGGCGCGCAUGGAUUGCCACCGCCGCGGACCUAGUGAUCAUGCCGCCCUCGGAUGACCCCUCGAGCUCUUCCUCGCCCAGCCCAGAUGCGCGGCCGGCGCGGCCGGAGUCGUCUUACUUCCCGGGCAACGCGCACAUGCAGCACAACCCGCGGAGCAUGAGCGAGAGCCUGCCGCGCGCGCUCGAGAGGGGCGCUCGCAGCUCGUCGGCCCCGCUGCUGUCAUCGACUCCCGAAUGGCAUGCGCGCCCGCUUUCGCAUCCGCACCACAUGCCUGCGUCGAACUCUGCGCCCCAUGCGCUGUCGCGGAAGCGCUCGCCUAUGGCGGGCUCGGCGUCGCACGAACGGGUGCUGCCCACUCCACCACACUCGGAGGAGUCGGCGUGCACAUCGUCCUCUUCUGCGGCUUCGCCCCGGGGCAGCAGCACGGGCAGCAGCGCGCACGAGAAGAGCGAGAAGAAGCCGAGCUGGAAGUUCUGGCGACGGCUGAGCCACAUGCCUGCGGCCAUCCGGGCAUAG